AUGUAUUCGAAUUUGGAACCCUACAGAUACACCAAAGAGGGUGAUGGGCACUUUCUUUCCCCUGGCAUGUAUAAUUCACUAUUGGCACGCUGUCGCUGUGGUAGACCUCAUUCGGACGUGCAUUUGUUGAGAUGCUUACAAAAGGAACAGAGUAAAUAUUUGAAGGAUGCUAAAAACCUUCAGCAAGUGGAUGAUAACAAAUUGGAACAUGUGGAAUUGCCAAAAACAUCUAAUGCAUUUGUUGGCUGGCACACAAAGCAACCGAUAUAUAAACAAUGGGAGGAAUCUAUUAAAUAUAAAUCACCGAUUUAUGAUAUGCCCGGAGAAAGGAUAACAGAUACACCUUACAAUGCAAUAAUUAUUGGAUAG